GUCCGUCCUUUCUUUCCUUCUUUCCACUCCGUCCCGUCCGGUCCCCCUCUUGUGCCCCUCGCCCGCCCGUCAUGGCCACCGCCCAGGCAACUGCGACGUCAUCAAAGACGCAUCUCACGCUGCGUGGCUCGACGGCCAUUGUCUCUGACUUCUUCAACUUUUCCGUCCAGUCGAUCCUCUAUCAACGAGGCAUCUACCCGGCCGAGGACUUUCGUCCAGUCAAAAAGUAUGGCCUUCAGAUGCUCAUUACCACAGAUGAUGGACUGGAAACCUAUAUCGGAGACUGCCUAAAGCAGGUGGAGCGAUGGAUCGAGGCAGGCGAACUCACACGCCUCGUCGUGGCCAUCGUUGAAAAGGAGAGUGGCGAGACGAGGGAGCGAUGGCAGUUCGAUCUCGAGGUGACGGGCAAGGAGAGCGAGCAACCCGCUUCCUCAUCGGCCCCACCCGCGCCAGGCUCCAAGAAGACGGAUGCUCAGGUCAAGGCAGAGAUUGCAGCAAUCAUCAAGCAGAUCACAGCAUCGUGCACGUUCCUGCCCGUCAUCGAAGAGGAGUGCGCAUUCCAAAUCCUGGCCUACACCAAUUCGCAGCUCUCAGAACCCGUCCCGCUGGAAUGGCAGGACUCAGAUGCCCGCCUCAUCGCCGAGGGUCAGGCAGAGCAGGUCAAGCUGCGCUCCUUCUCGACGGCCAUUCACAAGGUCGACGCCGUAGUCGCAUACAGGCGCGGCGAAGAGGACGAGUAGCAGCGCCAAGAGCAAAACAUGUAUUUGUAGCAGCGAGCCAAAUCUGGUAUCAUCAUAUUCUCCACCUUCAUUCGACGGCGUCCCACAUCGCGUUGACCAUCGUCGCUCGCUCGGCAUCGCUCAUCUCUGCCCAGCCGCGAGAGCCAGCUGCGCCUCCCUUUUCGCCCACCUUGAAGGGCGUCACCUUGCCCUUUGCGUCGGAACGAGCAAACAGCGUCGAGAUGGCAUCGGGCGCCGACGACGAGGAAGAUGAGGAGGAGAGGAGGGGUUGAAAGCCGAGCUGACGGAACAUGGUGAGCGCCAAG